AUGUUCAGUGAACACCUCCUAUACUACAUCCCGUAUCACAUUACAAUAAAAUUAAUUUCUUCACUUGUUUCUCUUUUAUCAGAUCCAGUUGAUGUGCUGCGGGCUCUGCAGGUUCCCUCUCUCCCCGAGGGUGUGAAGAAAGUCCCUGGCUUCUGCACAUCCCGUCGCUCCAGCAGCCCUGAUCAUGCUUACCGCAUCACCAAGAAGGCCCAGAUCUCUGCCCCCACCAAGCAGCUCUUCUCAGGGCGUUUCCCAGAGAACUUCUCCAUCAUGGCUCUGAUAAAGGCCCAGGCUGGUCUCCAAGCUUUCCUCCUCUCUAUCUACAGUGAGCAGGGCAUUCAGCAACUGGGCAUUGAAAUGGGACGCUCGCCUGUUUUUCUGUACGAAGACCAGAAUGGAAAGCCAGCUCCUGAGGACUACCCGCUUUUCAAAGGCAUCAACCUGGCUGAUGGCAAGUGGCAUCGCAUUGCCUUCUCCGUUUCCAAGAAAAACGUGACUCUGCUGUUGGACUGCAAGAAGAAGAUGACCCGUCCUCUUCCCCGGGGCAACAAUGCUGUGAUUGACACCAAUGGCAUCACAGUGUUUGGAGCUCGUCUGCUUGAUGAGGAGGUUUUCCAGGGAGACAUCCAGCAGCUGUUAAUUGCCUCCAACCCUCAGGCGGCCUAUGACUUCUGUGAACACUACAGUCCUGACUGUGACUCCCCUCUUCCCAAGACCCAGGCUGAGGACCCAAACACAUACUACUUUGAUGAGGAGCAGGAUGACCAUGAAUAUCCAUAUUAUUAUGAGGAAACCACAGGCCUUCCCUCCUCAUCUUCAUCCCCCUCUCCCCAACCAGGGGACCACAAGCAGCAGAAGAAGGCACCCAGUGGGAAAGCAGCUCCCACUAAAUCAACUAAACCCACUCCAGCUAAGUCAGCCAAGUCUGGACCUUACAAACUGGUCGUCAAGCCACCCAUGCCCACCAAAGCUAUCAAGUCCUCCACAGCUAAGCCAUCCAAAGCUAAACCCACUGCUGCAGGCAUCUUCUUGUCAAAGAUCAAACCAACAACAGCAACUAAAUCCAAAACCACAGCUGUCCCAGUUAAGAAUGGCAAUGGUAAAACAGCUUCUCCAAAGAAACCCAGUGGUGCAUCUAAAGGUAAUGGCAAUGCCAAAACUGAGGCCAAAAAUGGGAAGCUUGUAGGUGAAACAAAAGUUAAUGGAAAAGCCUCUGCCGAGAAGAAAACCAAUGGAAAUGUAAAAGCUACGGUUGGGUCUAAGGUGAAUGGAAAUGGCGGAGGUAAAACUACAACAAAGAAAGCCAAUGGAAAUGGCAAAUCUACCACUGAAGUCAAUGGCAAAGCUGAAAAUAAAGUCAAUGGUGCAGCAAAAGCAAAUGGGAACAACAAAGUUUCUUCAGAAGCCAAAAAGAAAGAUGUUGGCAAAGUGGCUGGAAAUAAGGCAAAAAGUGAAACCACUACAAAAAUGAACUCUGUAGAUAGCACGGCCAAGUCAGCUGUUAAUGUAGUCGCUACUAAAGCACCGAAACCCACAAAAAUAACAAAACCAGAACCUACAAAGGUUUCUGCCACCAAAUCUCCAAAAGCAAACAUCGAAGAAAAAGCAGAGCUGAAAGAGAAGACAAUGGCUAAAAGUGUGUUCAACAAAGUCCCUCCGAUCAAACCAACAACCAAAAAGUUUUCUGUCCCAACAAAAGAAGCUCCAACACGUGCCCCUGUUCGACCUACGCUGCUCAGACCCACAAAGUUCAAGGACAUGGACAACAACGUUAAGUCCCACCACAGACCUUUCCCACCGUUUGGUGAGACUGCACUGCGGGGAGCUUCGGUCCCAGCUAAGAGAACCGACAUUCCCCAACAGGAUGUAGACACAGAAUAUUCUGAGGCUGGCCACACCCCUACAGAGACUGAUUAUUACUAUGAAGAGAUGGUCCCACAGCCAGACGGUGAGGUGGUUGGACAAGAAGAAAUACCUGUACAGCCCCAGGUCGAACCAGCCUUGGUGGGAGAGGAGGUAGAUGCCACCAAAGCGGGCGAUGUUGGUGAAGAAGUCUUCACUGAGGAGUAUGUGACUGGAGAUGUGGGCCUUAAGGAAUACGACUAUGCCUACAGAGACUACAAUGAGCCCUUACCAGAGACCGGAGAGGUCGAUGCCUACAUGGGGCCCGCCUUGUCCGCUGUGACGGAUGAGGGAGGCGCCGCCUUUAGAGGCCAGAAAGGAGAAAAGGGAGAACCUGCUGUUUUGGAGCCUGGCAUGUUAAUAGAAGGUCCCCCAGGGCCUGAAGGGCCUGCAGGACCGUCUGGACCACCUGGAUCAUCUGGACCUCCUGGUUCUGUGGGAGACCCUGGAGAGAGGGGUCCUCCUGGUAAAGCUGGUCUGCCUGGGGCUGAUGGAGUCCCUGGACCUCCUGGAACCUCAGUCAUGCUUCCUUUCCGUUUUGGGCAGGGCGGCGGCGAUAAGGGUCCCGUUGUCUCUGCACAGGAGGCCCAGGCAGCCGCCAUCUUGUCUCAGGCUAGGAUGGCACUGAAAGGACCUCCUGGACCAAUGGGAUUCACCGGGCGCCCUGGACCUGUGGGAAGUCCACGAAGCUCUGGGCUGAAGGGAGAAAGUGGAGAUCCUGGUCCUCAGGGCCCCAGAGGAUCACAGGGGUUGCUGGGUCCUCCGGGUAAAUCAGGAAGAAGAGGUCGUGCUGGUGCUGAUGGGCCUCGGGGAAUGCCCGGAGAGCCCGGAUCUAAAGGCGAUCGUGGCUUUGAUGGUCUUCCUGGUUUGCCUGGUGACAAAGGACACAGGGGUGACCCGGGACCAAUGGGACCACCAGGAUCUCAAGGAGAAGAUGGAGAGAGGGGAGACGAUGGAGACGUCGGACCCAGGGGUCUCCCAGGUGAACCCGGACCCCGUGGUUUGCUCGGGCCUAAAGGUCCUCCAGGAAUCUCUGGACCUCCUGGUGUACGAGGAAAUGAUGGCCCUCAUGGUCCCAAAGGAAAUUUGGGUCCUCAAGGUGAGCCCGGACCUCCAGGCCAGCAGGGAACUCCAGGAACUCAGGGAAUGCCAGGACCUCAGGGAGCUAUUGGACCUCCAGGAGAGAAAGGUCCCACUGGAAAACCGGGUUUACCAGGAAUGCCUGGAGCGGACGGCCCUCCUGGUCACCCAGGAAAGGAGGGUCCAUCAGGCACUAAAGGAAACCAGGGUCCCAACGGUCCUCAAGGAGCCAUCGGCUAUCCUGGCCCUCGUGGCAUCAAGGGAGUGCAAGGAAUCCGCGGUCUAAAGGGUCACAAAGGAGAGAAGGGAGAAGAUGGCUUCCCAGGAAUUAAGGGAGAUUUUGGCAUCAAGGGAGAGAGGGGUGAGAUUGGAGUUUCAGGGCCCAGAGGAGAAGAUGGCCCAGAGGGACCAAAGGGUCGUGUUGGACCUCCUGGAGAACUCGGACCAAUUGGGCUUGCUGGAGAGAAGGGUAAACUUGGUGUACCUGGACUUCCUGGAUACCCUGGAAGACAAGGACCCAAGGGAUCUCUUGGAUUCCCUGGAUUUCCUGGUUCUAAUGGAGAGAAGGGAACGCGGGGUGUUUCUGGAAAACAAGGACCAAGAGGACAAAGAGGACCAACGGGUCCUCGAGGGCAGAGAGGACCGAGGGGAUCAACAGGAAAACUAGGAGCAAAGGGAACGUCUGGAAGUGACGGCCCUCCUGGUCCUCCUGGAGAGAGGGGAUUACCCGGACCUCAAGGAGCCAACGGCUUCCCCGGACCAAAGGGACCUCCAGGACCACCAGAAAAGGACGGACUGCCUGGACAGAGAGGAGAAGUCGGGUUCCAAGGUAAAGUGGGUCCACCUGGGCCUCCGGGAGUUGUAGGACCUCAGGGUCCAUCCGGUGAAACGGGCCCCAUGGGUGAGCGUGGGCACCCUGGACCUCCAGGUCCUCCAGGAGAGCAGGGACUUUCUGGUCCGUCAGGAAAAGAGGGCACCAAGGGAGACCCCGGACCUCCAGGAGGCCCUGGUAAAGAUGGGCCUCCUGGUCUGAGAGGAUUCCCUGGAGAGAGAGGACUUCCUGGAACCCCUGGUGGUGGAGGACUGAAGGGAAGCGAAGGACCUGCUGGACCUCCUGGACCUGCUGGUUCUCCUGGUGAGAGAGGUUCUGCUGGAACCGCUGGACCUGUGGGACCUCCUGGCAGACCAGGUCCUCAAGGACCACCAGGACAAGCUGGAGAGAAGGGCGUUCCAGGCGAGAAAGGCCCCAUUGGCCCAGCAGGGCGAGAUGGAGUCCAGGGUCCAGUGGGUCUGCCCGGCCCUGCUGGAUCACCCGGAGUACCUGGAGAGGAUGGAGAUAAGGGUGAAGUUGGAGAACACGGUCAGAAGGGAGCCAAGGGGGGGAAAGGAGAGCAUGGUCCUCCUGGUCCACCUGGCCCAAACGGUCCAGUUGGCCAACCCGGUCCUGCUGGGGCAGAUGGAGAGCUGGGACCAAGGGGGCAGCAGGGACCUUUUGGAGCUAAAGGUGACGAAGGAACUCGAGGAUUCCCGGGAGCUCCAGGACCUAUCGGACUUCAGGGCCUGCCUGGACCAUCGGGUGAGAAGGGAGAGACUGGAGACGUUGGGCCAUUGGGUCCUCCUGGACCUCCGGGACCCCGCGGACCUGCUGGACCCAACGGAGCCGACGGACCUCAAGGUCCUCCUGGUGGUUUGGGUAAUCCUGGACCUCUUGGAGAGAAGGGAGAGCCUGGUGAGGCGGGAGCACCUGGAGUUGUUGGAGAACCAGGAAAGAAGGGUCUUCGUGGAGAACGCGGAGAGAAGGGAGAAGCUGGACAACCUGGAACUGCUGGACCUGCUGGAGGACGAGGACGACCUGGAGAUGAUGGACCCAAAGGAAACCCAGGCCCAGUUGGUUCCCCUGGAGAUCCUGGUGCUCCUGGUGAGGUUGGACCCAGAGGUCAAGAUGGCGCCAAAGGAGAGAGAGGAGAGGACGGUGAAGCAGGAGAGUCGGGUUCUCCAGGACCUCCCGGUGAGAACGGACCACCUGGUCCUCCAGGAAAAAGGGGACCUGCUGGGACCAGAGGACCGGAGGGCCGACAAGGAGAGAAGGGAACCAAAGGGGAUCCAGGUGCCGUCGGGCCCCCAGGGAAGACCGGCCCCGUUGGUCCUCAGGGUCAGCCGGGAAAACCGGGAACAGAAGGUCUCAGAGGACUUCCAGGAUCAGUGGGAGAGCAAGGAUCUCCAGGAUCUGCUGGACAGACGGGCCCACCUGGACCUAUCGGACCUCCCGGUCUACCUGGCCUGCGUGGAGAUCCUGGUGCAAAGGGUGAGAAGGGUCACCAGGGUCUCAUCGGUCUGAUCGGACCUUCAGGAGAGCAGGGAGAGAAAGGAGACCGGGGCAUGCCUGGGCCUCAUGGAUCCACCGGACCUAAAGGAGAACCUGGCAUGGCUGGAGGUACUGGACCUCUGGGUCCUGCUGGUCCUCCUGGGCUUCCUGGUCCGCAAGGUGUCAAAGGAGCAAAGGGCUCCAGUGGAGGAGCAGGUCCAAAGGGAGAGAAGGGUGUGCAAGGACCUCCUGGGCCUCCUGGUCCCCCAGGCGAGGCCAUUCAGCCUCUGCCCAUUCUGAGGAGUCCCAAGACUAAACGCUCCAUCGAUGCCAGCCAGCUGCUGCCUGAGUUCGACCCCGACGCGCCAGCCUCCGACACCGCUGGUACGGAGUUCCUGAUGGGCAGUGAAGGCAUGGAGGAGAUCUUCGGAUCCCUGAACUCGCUAAGGCAGGAGAUCGAGACGAUGCGUUUCCCUCUGGGGACUCAGGACAGUCCGGCUCGCACCUGCCAGGACCUGCAGCUUAGCCAGCCGGACCUCCAGGAUGGAGAGUACUGGAUUGACCCAAACCAAGGCUGCUCCAGAGACUCCUUCAAGGUCUUCUGUAAUUUCACUAAAGGAGAGACGUGUCUGUACCCCAGAGACGUCGACACGGUGAAGAUGAGCUCCUGGGACAAAGAGACUCCAGGGUCGUGGUACAGUCAGUUCACCACUGGUAGCAAGUUCUCCUACGUGGAUUUGAACGGCGAGCCCGUGGGCGUGGUCCAGCUGGGCUUCCUGCGCCUCCUGAGCGUACAGGCCCGUCAGAACCUUACCUACCACUGCCACCGCUCCGUGGCCUGGGCCGACCGAAGCGCCAAGAACAACCACAAGAGGGCGCUGCACUUCAGAGGCGCCAACGAGGAAGAGCUGAGCUACGAGACCAGCCCUUACAUCAAAGCCUUGGUGGAUGGCUGCUCCUACCGGAAAGGCUUCGACAGGACGGUCCUGGAGAUCAACACGCCUCAGGUGGAGCACCUCCCUCUGCUGGACAUCAAGGUGUCAGACUUUGGGGAGAGCAACCAGCAGUUUGGGUUUGAAGUUGGACCUGUCUGUUUCCAAGGCUGAACACUCACACACACACACACACACACACGAUAAACAUACAGGCCCAGUAAUUUGUAAAUUAACUUGUAAAUGAUAUAAACACACACACACACUCGCCUACGUGCCUCUGGAGCCCUCCCAGCAAAACAUGGACCAAACAGAGGAAACAUCGACUGGGAGGAAAAUAAACAGGAAGAACGACAUUCCUGGGAAUCAAACAGUGUUCUUCAACGGGCCUGGACCCAGGCUUACUCCUCCCUGCUGACACCUUCAUCCACUUCCUGCUCCACCUCCCCUCCUCUUUAAGAAAAGGUCCACGAUCAGACGUUAUCCUACUUCUGUAAUUCCCACAUGCAGCAACAGGACCAACAGUUUCACACCCGAAUCUAUUCUUCUAAAGCCAGAUUUGUCCUAAUCUAAGCAUCGGUUACGUCACAUCCUGUCACUUCUAAUAAAGCAAGCAAGGAACGGACCACAUGCCACCAUCAGGCUCUGAUCGGAGUCGUCUUUCUGCUCUAAAAGCUUUAUUAUCUAACAGUGUGCCUCAGAGCUCAAACGGAUCAUUAGAAUAUAUAUAUGUGGUGCUUUUUAAAGGUUAGUGAGACCAGAGAGACGGUGAAGCGAGACUAAAGCCAUCACGUACCUGAGUGGCCUCCAGACACCACUUCAGUAUUCCGGUGCUGAUCCAGACCCGGUGUUUUCUGUUCCUGCAGCAGAGAAUAAAAAUGCACACGUUACUGAGUGAAACUGUGGAAAGGUGCUAAUUCUAUAAAAUAAAGUCCUCCAUUUUAGUCUCUUCUAGGGAAAUGUGCAUUACAUUUGUACAGAAAUAGUGAUAUUCUAUUGUAUUUAUUUAAAACCAACUGGGUGCUUUGAGAUUAAAAUAAGAACCGAGGAUUAUUUCUAGCAGACGUGACUUUCAGUUGUAUUUAUUUGAUGCAGCUCGACUGCACAGCUGUGAUGCUUCUGUUCACACCUCCACCAACCAAAGAAUCUGGCCGUGACUAAAACUGUAAUCCCUCCCUUAUCUAGUUUCAUCUGUACUGUGCUGUUUCCACUGCCAUGAUUAAACGGUGACUCCACUUCUCA